CCCUUUCAAUCAUUUUUUACUGAUAUUUCUGGAAUUGAUGAAUUUUGCUGUGAGCACCCUUCUCUUGUCUUAAGAUAAGUUCGAACUUAUCUCGGCCUAAACACGAUCAUAAGCCGGAACACAAAACGCUGGUCGCUCCUCAUGGAAUACGCAGGGAGAGCCACCUCCUGUGCAGCAGCCUCGCCGAACCUCAGGGAAGACUCCUCUCUGUAUUUGGAUUUUACCACUCGAAUACUUAGGUUCAACGGUCAAAAAACAACAAUGUCACAAAUGCUUAUAACUAUUCCUAUAAAAAAGAAUUCAUCAAGAUAA